CACCGCCCCUUCCGACAUCAUCCAUCACCAUCGUCAUCUUGCAGCAGCCCUUCGAGCACGGCGACGGGGAUGUCGCUGCAAAUCAAUCUAUCGAGCACAGCGCUCAAGACUGCCUAUCUCGACGUACUCAAUGGUCCUAACAAAGACUGGGUAAUCUACACUUACGAGGCGGGGUCGAAUGACCUCAAGGUGCAGGCCACAGGCGAUGGUGGACUUGAGGAGCUCGAGGAAGAGUUCAUCGACGGGAGAAUACAGUAUGCCUUUGCCCGGGUCAUAGAUCCCAAUAGCAACCUUCCCAAGUACGUUCAGAUAAAUUGGUGUGGCGACGGGGUCCCAGAAGCGAAGAAAGGGCUUUUUCAUACCCACUCAAGUGCUGUUGGGCGGCAAUUGCUCCAUGGGGCUCAUGUCGUGCUCAGCGCUCGCAAUGAGGAAGACGUGACUCCAGAACUCAUCAUGAAACGCGUCGAGGCCGCUUCGGGUGCAAGAUAUACUGCUCAGAAGGAAGCCCCUAGAAAGUACGAGCCGAUAGCGCCGGUGGGAUCCAGCUAUACCCCGGUAGGAAAGAUCGAUAUUGCUGCGCUCAAGGCAACGAAACCAUCUCCGUCGCCUUCUGCUGCUCCUUCAAGGCCAUCUCUUCCCACUGCUAGUAGACCGGUAUUUGGCGCGCCGAAGCCCCCAACAGCUUCUGCAGCAUCACUUUACGGACGUACAGCAACGGCAAGCAAAGGACCAGCACCAGUUGACGCGUGGCCUGAAGAAAGCCCUGCUGCAGCAUCACUACCGCCACCGCCACCGCCAGCAGCGUCGCGUCCACCGGUCCUGCCAACAGCACCGCGUCCGACACCCUCCACAGCUUCCGUUCCAGUUUCAACAACACCCACCAAACCCACUGCUGAUGAUCUUAUCGCUCCCGUUGGGACGGCUUAUACACCAGUCUCUCUACCUGCGCCGAAGAAGCUCAAAAACCCAUUCGAACGCCGGUUCCAGGAAGAACCACAGAGGGUGACGCCAGUGAAGAAGGGAUUGACGUGGUCGGAGAGACAGGCGCUCGCCAAGAAGCAGAGCGAGCAGGAAGAGUCUAGGAGUUUGGCUGCUCAAGCUAGUGUGCGCACUCCCUCACCAGCCAGGAGGUUUGGUGCGGGUACUGCUACCGCUGUAGGAAGCGCUGCUAUUGGUUUUGGUGCUACUGCUGUCGUCAUCGCCCAUGAACCUGAACCUGAAGUCGAGUUCGAGCCGGAAGCAGCACCGGCACCUCCCCCGCCUCCUCCUCCGCCGCCACCACCACCACCACCACUUGUGGCAGCAGUUUUGGAAGAAGAGGAAGAGGAAGCCCCGCCUCCACCUCCUCCACCGCCGCCUCCACCGCCACCGCCACCACCGCCGGUGGUACCUACUCAAAGCUUUGAGGAAGCAGCACCGCCUCCGCCUCCGCCUCCGCCUCCGCCUCCGCCUCCGCCCCCACCAGUCGCCCAAAUGCAAAUUCUUGCUGUAUCCGAACCGGAGCCUGAACCUGAACCUGAAGCAGCUCCCGCUCAAGGUCAAGGUAUUUGCGCUAUCGUGCUAUACGAGUACGAGGCCACUGAGGACAAUGAAAUGACUCUCGUCGAGGGAGAGCUCAUCGAACAGAUCGAACAGCUCGACGAAGGCUGGUGGAGCGGUAUUGGACCCAGAGGCGAGACAGGGAUGUUCCCCGCAAAUUACGUCCAGAUCGUUGAACAGGAAGCUGCACCUGUUGCUUCACCCUCUCCGCCUCCGCCUCCGCCUCCGCCUCCUCCUCCCGCGCCGGAUGUCACGGCCAUUGCAUUGUAUGACUAUGAUGCCGCCGAGGACAAUGAGCUGACAUUCAAGGAAGGCGAUAGGAUCACAGAGAUCGUGCCCGCGUCGGAAGACUGGUGGAACGGGAAGGGACCUGGAGGUGAGGUUGGGCUGUUCCCGGCGAAUUAUGUUAAGGUGCAGGAGUGAGGGCGGAAUUUCACCGUUCUCACGAGAAUGUAAUAUGAAAGGUAGAGUAGUUCAAUUUGUAUGGAUAAUCAUUUUCGGGUAUUCAAAGGUUUACACCUGUCGCUCGAGGCUCAAGGC